GUGGUUUGAGGUGGAAGCUGGGAGGAGGGAUGAUUGCAACACAAAAGAGCAAAGGAAUAUGGGAGGCAGAAGAAAUUAAUCUUACCUUGAAAAAUCUCUCUGCCUGGAGCGGGAAGGAGAACUCGCGUUGCCUCGCCGGGGAAGCUGGGAGGAAGGAAUCUGCUCUGCUGUGCGGGGAAGGCUUCGGGAAACUCGUCUUUCAGCCAGUUGUGAAGAACCUGCAAGGGUUUUCUCUUUCCGUGGAGCGCGGACGUGUCUUCCCGAUGCGCGUCCCCAGCUGGCCGGGUGCUGUGCUGUCCCUUGGGGUACAGCUCCGAGUGCUGUGGCUUGCGGCGGCCGUGGAGGUUCACACUUCCAAGGAGGUGGCUGCUGUGAACGGCACGAACCUGCGGCUAAAAUGCACCUUUUCCAGCAGCAGCCCUGUUAGCCAGCACCUGUCAGUAACCUGGAACUUCCAGCCCGAGGACCUGAGCUCUCCUGAGCCCGUAUUUUAUUACCUGAAGGAGCCCUACAGGCCAUCCACUGGACGGUUUAAAGAGCGAGUCACUUGGGACGGGAAUAUUGCGCGUCACGAUGUUUCCAUCGUUAUCUGGAAUUUGCAGCCCACUGACAAUGGGACAUUCACUUGCCAGGUGAAGAACCCGCCGGAUUUUCAUGGCACGAUUGGCAAAGUGCAACUCAGAGUUGUGCAGAAAGUGCACUUCUCAGAAAUCCACUUCCUGGCCGUGGCCAUCGGGUCUGCUUGUGUUCUGAUGAUCCUCGUGGUGACAGUUGUGAUUAUCUGUCGACACCAUCGGAAGAAAGCGCAGGAGAAGAAGAUCGAGGUGGCAGACACUGAACUCAGAGAAAAGGAGAACCUGAAGAGGACAGAAGAAAAGGAAGCCAGUCCAUUGGAAGACUAGAGGUCUUUGAUGGUACUUCUAACGCGGAUGGUGAAAGCUUGUAAUUUCGGAUGUUGGAACAAAGCUCAAUUACAGACGCCCCAUGCUGCCUGUGUGGUUUCUCUGCUCAACAUGAAAUUCCUGCAAGGCAAGAGCACAACAUAAACAUCAGUUGUAAGUUGCCUUCAUUGAAGUAAAACGGGAGGACUUGCCGCAUGAACAAGGAACUUUCCUUAAGCUUCACACCUGCAGAAGGUGCAGAAAGCUGCUCUGGAGAUGAAAAAAUGCCAAAAGAUUUGAACAAAAUGCCAAGAUAGCUGACUGAACAGAGGUUCUCAAAGCAUCUGAGCAGAUGCGUUCUUGCACCUUAAAAACCGCAAAGUACAUUUGUGUUGCCCUGUUUGGCCUCCCUCAAAGUCCUCUUUGACAUCAUGAAAAGACUGAUUACCUGAGGGAUCAGAGGAGCAGCCACUUGCUGUAAUGUACUUUAAAUCUCUUUGCUGCUUUAAAUGGGAAGUAUUACCAUUUGGGAAUGUAUGGUGUUUCUUCUGAGGGAUAAUGUUUACUGGUGGAUGUGUUUUUCACAUCAAUCUCUUGCUGUUUAUUGCUGCACUUAGCAUGUACCCCGUACUUCCAUAGACUCAGUCUCUCCAAGGCAAAUGAAGCCCCAAAUCAUGGAAACUGCAGAGCUGUUACAUUUUUUUUAAACCAGCACCCAAUUGAAACAUCGGCCUGUUUGUUUAUACCCGUUUGAGUAUGUUUAUGACUUUAUAACUCCACCUGUAAUGUGCUGGCCGCAUUAUAUGUUUGUACGUUUCUGUUUUCAACCACGAGUGUCAUAAAAUAAAGGUGCCUUGUAGAAAGCA